AUGCCACGAAAAUCGCGUCAAUCACGUCAAAACUUGGUGGAGCAAGAGGGAAGAAUUCAGCUUGCAAUUAAAGCUCUUGAAAAUCACGACAUACCCAGUAUUCGUCGAGCGGCACAGGAUCAAAUGCAAGGACACUUAUUUCAAGGAGAACUCCGCAACCAGAACCUCCGACUAUCUCAAACUCAGGAAGAGUCUUUAAUGCAAUGGAUUGAAGUAAGAGAUAAGCGCGGAGUUGCUCCUAGGCCUUCACAUAAAGACUCGAAGACCCCCCCUCAACCUAUGAGAAAGAACUGGGUCACGCAAUAUAUUAAUCGCCAUGAUAGCAUUAAAUGCCGCUUUGCUCGACGAUACAAGUAUAAGAGGGCUCUCUGCGAGGAUCCUAGGGUCAUUAAGGACUGGUUCAAACGUUUAAAAGAGGUUCAAGACGAGCACGGCAUUCAGGAUGAGGAUAUUUUCAAUUUCGAUGAGACGGGCUUUGCUAUGGGUCUUAUUGCAACUGCUAAGGUAGUUACACGUUCAAAUAUGCCAGGGAGGCCUCAUCUUAUUCAACCAGGCCAACGUGAAUGGGUCACUACAAUCGAAUGCAUCGGCGCCAUGGGAUUCAGUGUUCUAACUUGCAUUAUCUUCAAAGGAAAGGUCUAUAUGGAAGUUCUCGACGGCCGUGGGAGUCAUCUUACGCCUGAGUUCGACCAGACAUGGAAGGACAAUAAUAUUAUAUGUAUUUGCAUGCCUCCGCAUUCAUCUCACCUCUUGCAACCGCUAGAUGUUGGUUGCUUUGGUCCUUUAAAGCGCGCCUACGGAGGCCUAGUUGAAGCAAAGAUGCGCUUAGGAUUCAACCAUAUCGACAAGCUUGACUUUUUAAAGGCCUAUCCUGCUGCGCGCAAGCAAGUCUUUACGAUACAGAAUAUUCAAAGUGGCUUUAGAGCAGCGGGAAUAGUUCCUUUUGAUCCUAAAGAGGUUCUUAAGGAGUUAAAUACACAAAUAUCAACUCCAACCCCUCCUCCAAGCCGUGGGGCCUCAACGAGCUCCUCAAUGAUUAAUACACCUCAUACAGUUCGACAUUUACACAAGAAGGUCUCCUCAGCCAAGAAGAUGCUUGGUCAUAGUGAUCAGGCAUCUUUAAUUCCUUCUGUACGCGCCCUUGACGAACUUAUAAAGGGCUGCGAACUCGCGAUCUAUAAUUCUGCCAUGUCACUAAAGGAAUUACACGAUCUCCGCGCGGAAACUAAGGUUUAG